UUUUUUUUUUUUUUUUACCAUCUGUGGAUUUAUUUCUUACCGUCAUCAUGUCUGGAAAACAAUCCGCCUACGGUACUCCGUCCUCGGACACCUCCGUUCACAAAACUUGGAAUCGCGAAGAAUACGCCAAAAAGGCCGCAGAUGAGGAUGCCAGACGCAAAGAAGAAGGAAAGGCUCGCUACGAGGCGAAACUGCUCGGCAAGAAAUGGCAUGCCCCUGUCGACUACAGCUCUCUCGAAGCUACAACAUCCCGUAAAGCACGACUCGAUGUCGCCUCCAUGGUGGGAAAGACGACAAUUGUGUCUGCGGGCUCCGCGGUGGGCAAACGCGGUCGAGGUGCGGGCUUCUACUGCCCGGACUGCGACCUUACUUUCAAAGACAACUUGCAACUCGUGGAGCAUUUGAAUAGCAAGCAGCACUUGAUUGCCACCGGACAGAGCGGUGAAGUCACAAGGGCCACAGUGGAAGAUGUGCGGGAACGGUUGCGGAUGCUCGCUCACCAGAAACGAGUCAGAGAAGAGGAGGAGCGACGGGCCUGGCAGCUGGAUCUUGGCGAGCGACUCAAGGAAAGGGAAGAGGAAAUUGCCAGAGAACGUGAGGAGAAGCGAAGGAAGAGAAACGAGAAGCGCCGGAAAGGUGGCGAGGACGCUAUCAAACAAGAAGACAGCUGGGAAGGCCGCCUGGGAAUUAUCGCCUAGCCAAAAAUGCCCUCUUUUAUGACUUUGAUCUUCAUCAGUGGAUAUCUUGACGACCACAACCAAAUGGUCCUGUUUUACCCUAACGGUCUAUAUACCCCGGCGUUUACCAUCGCCUUUGAGUGUCUUUUUUUUUUUUUUUUUUUUUUUUUUU